AAAUGGUUAUGAGCCUUAGAGUUUCUGAACUCCAAGUACUGUUGGGCUACGCUGGGAGAAACAAGCACGGACGCAAACACGAACUUCUCACAAAAGCCCUGCAUUUGCUAAAGGCUGGCUGUAGUCCUGCUGUACAAAUGAAAAUUAAAGAACUCUAUAGGCGGCGGUUCCCGCAGAAAAUCAUGACGCCUGCAGACUUGUCCAUCCCCAACGUACAUUCAAGUCCUAUGCCAGCAACUUUGUCUCCAUCUACCAUUCCACAACUCACUUAUGAUGGUCACCCUGCAUCAUCACCGUUACUCCCUGUUUCUCUUCUGGGACCUAAACAUGAACUGGAACUCCCACAUCUUACAUCAGCUCUUCACCCGGUCCAUCCGGAUAUAAAACUUCAAAAAUUACCAUUUUAUGAUUUAUUGGAUGAACUGAUAAAACCCACCAGUCUAGCAUCAGACAACAGUCAGCGCUUUCGAGAAACCUGUUUUGCAUUUGCCUUGACACCACAACAAGUGCAGCAAAUCAGUAGUUCCAUGGAUAUUUCUGGGACCAAAUGUGACUUCACGGUGCAGGUCCAGUUAAGGUUUUGUUUAUCAGAAACCAGUUGUCCACAAGAAGAUCACUUCCCACCCAAUCUUUGUGUGAAAGUGAAUACAAAACCUUGCAGCCUUCCGGGUUAUCUUCCACCUACUAAAAAUGGUGUGGAACCAAAGCGACCCAGCCGACCAAUUAAUAUAACCUCACUUGUCCGAUUGUCCACAACAGUACCAAACACGAUUGUUGUUUCUUGGACUGCAGAAAUUGGAAGAAACUAUUCCAUGGCAGUAUAUCUUGUAAAACAGUUGUCCUCAACAGUUCUUCUUCAGAGGUUACGAGCAAAGGGAAUAAGGAACCCGGAUCAUUCUAGAGCUUUAAGUACGUAUGAUAAACUUAUUUCAUUUAUGCAGCUGAACUGUUUUGUCAAAGGUCAAAUUGUCAGUGUAGCUGAUCAUAAAGGCUUGAGAGUUGCUCUCUUGCCUAAAAAAUAUGAACUGACGGCUAGGGAUUAUGGGGAUAAAGGUACUUAUCUUGGCAAAAUGCGGCUGACAAUUCCAUGCCGGGCCCUUACGUGUUCUCAUCUGCAGUGUUUUGAUGCAACUCUGUAUAUUCAGAUGAAUGAGAAAAAGCCAACCUGGGUUUGUCCUGUCUGUGAUAAGAAGGCUCCAUAUGAACACCUUAUUAUUGAUGGCUUGUUUAUGGAAAUCCUAAAGUACUGUACAGACUGUGACGAAAUACAAUUUAAGGAGGAUGGCUCUUGGGCACCAAUGAGAUCAAAAAAGGAAGUACAGGAAGUUUCUGCCUCUUACAAUGGAGUUGAUGGAUGCUUGAGCUCCACGUUAGAACAUCAGGUGGCUUCUCACCACCAGUCCUCAAAUAAAAACAAGAAAGUAGAGGUGAUUGACCUAACCAUAGAUAGUUCAUCUGAUGAAGAGGAAGAAGAGCCAUCUGCCAAGAGGACUUGUCCUUCCCUAUCUCCUACAUCACCACUAAAUAAUAAAGGCAUUCUAAGUCUUCCACAUCAAGCAUCUCCAGUAUCCCGCACCCCAAGCCUUCCUGCUGUAGACACAAGCUACAUUAACACCUCCCUCAUCCAAGAUUAUAGGCAUCCUUUCCACAUGACACCCAUGCCUUAUGACUUACAAGGAUUAGAUUUCUUUCCUUUCUUAUCAGGAGACAAUCAGCAUUACAACACCUCCUUGCUUGCCGCUGCAGCAGCAGCAGUUUCAGAUGAUCAAGACCUCCUACACUCGUCUCGGUUUUUUCCGUAUACCUCCUCGCAGAUGUUUCUUGAUCAGUUAAGUGCAAGCGGCAGUACUUCUCUGCCAACCACCAAUGGAAGCAGCAGUGGCAGUAACAGCAGCCUGGUAUCCUCCAACAGCUUAAGGGAGAGCCACAGCCACACCGUGACAAACAGGAGCAGCACGGACACGGCGUCCAUCUUUGGCAUCAUACCAGACAUUAUCUCAUUGGACUGAUUCCCUGGCCCUGCUGCUCCCAUCCCCAUCCCAGAUUAAAUGAACUUGGCAGAAAGAAGAGAACUUUGUGCUCUGUUUUACCUUAUUCUGUUUAGAAAAGUACACAAGUGUGUUUUUUUCCUUUUUUUAGGGAAAAAAUUAAAAGAAAUGUACAGAGAACAAAACUAUAUUUUCAGUUUUACUUUUGUAUAUAAAUCUAAGACUGCCUGUCUGAUAAAACACUUGUUU